CGCAUUUCAAUCCAUCUACAUGUUUGUUUUCGUACUGUUUCUUGUGUCUACUCUGUGCACCGCUUUGCCGAACAACCGAGAACGAUCAGACGCUACGCUAACUGCGGAAAUCAAGCCAAUCGAGGCCAUCCCAGUGGAUCCGUUCUUCACUUUCAACAGAAAUCCUGUCGAUCGGAUGGCGUAACUGCUUCGGCGCCAAAAAGGACGGAGAAGCAGCCGUUGCAGAAGUCGUACCGGUCCUUGGACAACGAUAGACCGAUUCCGGACGUCGUACCAGAAGGUGGAGAAUUUCUCGAUGCUCAACCUGGAGUUGCUCCGAAGCUGAGCGGUCCGGUAGCAACACCUUCUCCGAUCGACUUCGAGUUCUUUGAUUUUGGUGAGAAUAGCGGAGGACAGGUUGCGGCUACCAACCCUGCGGCCACCUAUCUCGAAGGAGGAGAUUUUGACAAGAUUACCCCGCCGAAAUGUCGCAUGACAGGGUGCACAGGACCCGUGCCGAACGACGGCAGCCUCAUGGUCGAUGCCCCGACUAGGAAAGGAAAGGCCUGCCAUCAGACUUUCGUUCCGAUGAACGGCUGCACGGACAACAAGGGCUAUCCUAUGGGCAUGCUCUGCUCGAUCUGCUGCGACUGCACAGCGUCAUUUGUGAGAGAAAUGAGGAAAACUCAAGGUUUCAAGAUCGGUUUCGGCUCCAUCUAA